AUGUGUCUUUUUCUUCCAUUUUCAAACUCAUUAAUUUCUUUCUUGCUUUUCUCUUUCUUUCUCUCCCUAUCUAUUAAACCCUUUAUUUCUUCCCCCUUUCUUUCUUUUCCCCAUGUCAUCUGUUUAUCCCCCCUUUUCUUUAUUCUGUGUCCUUUUUUGUCAAUUUUUUUCUCUCCUUUAAUUCUGUUCAUUGUCUUACAAAAAAGACGUAACUAUCUUUCUGCACUUCGUUCUCUCUCUCUUUCUCUUUCUCUCUCUCUCUCUCUCUCUCUCUUUCUCUCUCUCUCUACCCACCCCUUUCUUACUGAUCUGUCGUUCUUUGCUCAACCUGCCUUUCGUUUUAUCGUCUGUUGCCAGUCUGCACAUCGUUGUGUCUUUCUCCCUCUGCCUACUACUCUUUUAACGUUGUGUCUUUCUUCCUCUGCCUAUUACUCUUUUAACGUUCCAUUGUUUUCUCUCUCUCUUUUCUUCACUCUCAUACUCAUCCUCUUUUCAACUCUUCUCUCUCUACUCCCUCAUUUCUUUCACUCAUUUUCAUCCCUUUUCUUUUUUCUUCUCUCUUUUCUUCACCUCAUAUACUCAUCCUCUUUUUCACUGUCUUUUUCACCACUCUCUCAUUUCUUCAACUCGUAUAUUUUCAUCCCUUUCUUUUCUCUCCCUCCCUCUUUCUUCACCUCAUACUCAUCCUCUUUUCACUCUUCUUUCAUUCUCUCUCAUUUCUUCACUCUCGUAUUUUCAUCCUCUUUUCUUUUUCUCUCUCUCUUUUCUCUUCACUCAUCUCCAUCCCUUUUUUUCACUCUCUCUUUUCUCUACCACUCUCUCAUUUCUUCACUCUCGUAUUUUCAUCCUCUUUUUUCUCUUCUCCCUCUCUCUUUUUUCACUCUUCAUACUCAUCCUCUUUUUUCACUCUCUUUCUCUCUCUCAUUUCUUCACUCUCGUAUUUUCAUCCUCUUUUCUUUUCUCUCCCUCUCUCUCUUUUCUUCACUCUCAUACUCAUCCUCUUUUUCACUCUCUCUUUCUCUCUCUACCACUCUCUCUCAUUUCUUCACUCUCGUAUUUUCAUCCUCUUUUCUUUUCUCUCCCUCUCUCUCUUUUCUUCACACUCAUACUCAUCCUCUUUUUCACUCUCUCUUUCUCUCUGUACCACUCUCUCUCAUUUCUUCACUCUCAUAUUUUCAUCCUCUUUUCUUUUCUCUCCCUCUCUCUAUUUUCUUCACUCUCAUACUCAUCCUCUUUCAAGCACUUUCUCUCUUUCUCUCCCCAUCACACUCUCUCUCUCUUUUCUUCGCUUUCGUACUCUCAUCUUCUUUUUUCUCACUAACUCUUACUGUCUCUGUAUCCCUCUCUCUCUCUUUUCUUCACUCUCGUAAACUUUUUCUCUCUCUCUCUCAUUCUCUGUCUCUCUCUUUUCACUCUGGUACUCAUCCUCUGUUUUCUCUCUCUUUCACUCUCUCUCUCUCUCUCUCUGCUUCACUUUCCUACUCUUAUUCUUUUUUCUCUCUCUUUUACUCUUUCUUUAUUUCUCUUUUCUUCACUCUGUACUCUUUUUUCUCUCUAUUUGUCUCUCUCUUUCUCACUGUCUUUCUUCUUUACUACUCUCAUUCACUUUUCCUCUCUCUCUCACACACACACUCUUACUCCCACUCCCACUCUCUCUUUUUUCUUCACUCUCCUAUUCUUAUACCCUCUCUCUCUCUCCCUCUCUCUCUUUCUCUCUGUCUCUCUCCCACUCUCACUCCAAUUCUCUCUCUCACCCACCCAGCCCUCUCUGUGCUUUUUUUUUUUUUCAAUAUCUUUCUCACUAUUCUCUUUCCCUCGCUUAAACUCUUCGUUUUACUCUUUUAUCUAUCUUUGAUGUUUUUUGAUAUGUCACAUCGUGUCGGCAAUGUUUUCUGUAAAUACGUACACUUGUGUGUGAGUAGACGUGUAGAAAAGGCACACACGUUAUUUACCCCUCUCUCUUUAUCUCUCUAUCUAUUUCUCUCUGUGUCUCUGUCUCUCUCUCUCUCUCUCUCUCUCUCUCUCUCUCUAUCUAUCUAUCUAUCUAUCGCUUAA